UUGAAGUAAUGUGGUUGUUUUAAUUAGUAUUAGCCAACCAAAAAAUAACACGAAUUUAAAUGGAGCAAACAAACUUAAAACACAUGUUUUACUAAAUUGUAGACAUAUCAAUUGAAUUUUGCCCUAUAAAAAGAUACUGAGAACAACGAAUAUUUCACUUUAGGCGAAAACAUUUUUUACUGGUAGUUGAAAGAACACAACACUGGUGACAUGUUAACCAUAAAAACUUGUCUUUUGCUUACCCUAGCAGUGUAUGCCACGUGUACUCGCGAUAAUGAUAAGAAAAAAGAGAAACAGGGAUCUUUAAGGAACUUAGGUAAAUUAAUGAAGUGUUGUGAAAUUAAUGAAGAAGAUGUGUCUUUGUGUUCAAGAAUUGCGAUCGGCAGUAAACUAGACAACCCACGUAGAUCUCAAAAGUACAGUAAAACAGAACGAAAAAAAAUUAAUUCAUCAUCCAGUUCCAGCCAAAAAAAUGAAUCUAGCCAAGAAAUCGAAGAACUAGGAAAAUACCUUACAGCAACCAGUUCCGGACGAGGUUUCGGUUCGAGUUCAAGGAUAAGUGUGGAAUAUGCAUUGCAUAAUAUAACUGAGGAAAGCGAAGGAAGUUCUGAGGACGAAUGUUACACGAUAAUCCCAAAUAAAAAAAAAGGAAAAGAUCAAAUAAAACAAACAGAAAGUAGUGAUGAAUAUUAUACAAUUAUUCCACAUCAUUUUGAUGAAUCAACAGAUAGAGGUAAUUUGGACGCGAAAAGGAGUGAUAUUGGAAAAGUUAAAUCUGACAAAACAAACGAAGCCGGUUUUUCGAAAAGCUUCGACAACGAUAAAACGAACGUAAAUUCAAAUAACCGUUCAUCAAGCAAUGAAUCUACAAUGAGAGAUAAACAUUAAAAAUAUCUACAUUUUAAAAAAAUGUAAACUUAUUAUUGUAUCCCACGAAAAAAAGAUAAAAAUAAACCUUGAAACCAUUUGUACAACACACAUUUUUAUUAUUAAUUUAUAGACAACACAAUUCAGAUUUUUCUUCUCAUUACAGACAAUACAGAAUAUUUUAACAUACCUAGCCGACUAAAAAAAAUAUAUUAU